GCGCAAAAAAACAGUUUAUUUAAGAUGGCCUACUUGCUGACAUUUACCAUUUUCGCCGCUUUAUUUCUGGCCAGCGUGUUUCUCUAUCGCUAUGGCAACAUUCCACGUCAGCAUAUCCUUGUCACGCUGUCUGUGCUAACAGCCUGGUGUUUUUCAUUUCUCAUCGUAUUCACCAUACCGCUGGAUGUGACAUCGACUCUCUAUCGACAAUGUGUUAUGGAGCACCAACCAAUUGCGUCUACUGACAGCAACGUAACCACAAUUGUAAAUUUAUUAGCAGUGCCGCAAGAGUGCCAAGAGCCUUGGGGCAUGCUUCCGGAGAAUGUGCUACGCAAUUUGUGGCGUAUAAUCUACUGGAGCUCGCAGUUUCUAACCUGGUUGAUUAUGCCUCUGAUGCAGUCGUAUCUAAAGGCAGGAGACUUCACCAUCAAAGGCAAAUUGAAGUCGGCACUUAUUGAGAAUGCAAUUUACUAUGGCUCCUAUCUGUUUAUCUGUGGCGUGCUGCUCAUCUAUAUAGCCGCCAAGGGCAUAUCAUUAGACUGGCAGAAACUAAAGGCAAUCGCCUCGUCGGCCUCUAAUACUUGGGGCUUAUUUCUGCUAGUGCUGCUGCUGGGAUAUGCGCUUGUGGAGGUGCCACGUUCGUUGUGGAACAAUGCUAAGCCGGGAUUUACGUUGCAAUAUGCUUACUUUAAGGCGGCCAAGCUGAGCACGGAUAAGGCAGAGGCAGAGGAGCAUGUGGACGACGUGCUAGAGUCGCUGCAGUGCAUCAGUCGAGCUGUUCCCAAUAAUCACGUGCUGCGUCCCUGCGUGGAGACUAUUCUUCGCAAAGUGCCUAUAGAGCUGCAAGAGCGCGCUAGUCGCAAUUUUGCACGAAGCGGCGGCAAUGGACUGGGUGGCACUACUUCAACCAUUGUGCCCUCGGAGAAAGCGCUGGUGCGCAUACACAAGCAAGUGAUCAAAUCACUGCAAACUCUGCAGCGCACCGAGGCGCUCUGGAGCGUACAGGUGAACGUAGUGCUGCAUUUGGAGGAUGUGGCACGCAAUAUACACUCAGCUGAGCAUCGCUUUAAAACGGAGUUUCCACGUCAACGUUCGCAGUUCGAGAGAAUCUUUUACAGCGCUACCGUGCAAUGGUAUUGGGAGUGCCUGCUGAGGUCGCCUUUUCUUAAAGCUCUCUGCGUACUCACUGCCACCAUGUCGGCAAUGGUGGUUUGGAGUGAGCUUACCUUCUUCAGCAGUCAUCCAGUGCUCUCCAUUUUUGCUAAUGUCAUCAAUGUGGCCAAGCACAGCUACGACUUUUUCACCAUUGAGUUGUUCUCAAUGAUUGUGUUGCUGUAUUUCUUUUACUGCACGUAUUCCACAAUAUUACGCAUACGCUUUUUAAAUCUCUACUAUUUGGCGCCCCAUCAUCAAACCAAUGAACACAGCUUGAUCUUUAGUGGCAUGCUGCUUUGCCGUCUCACACCGCCCAUGUGUCUCAACUUUCUGGGUCUUAUACAUAUGGAUUCUCACAUAAUACAGGAGCGCAUUAUGGAAACGGAUUACACACAAAUUAUGGGUCACAUGGAUGUCAUUGGUAUUAUCUCGAACGGCUUCAAUAUCUACUUCCCCAUGUGCAUGCUGGCCUUUUGUUUAGCUACCUGGUUCAGUCUGGGCAGCCGAGCACUAAAUGCCUUGGGCUUUCAGCAAUUUUUGCAGCAUGAAACGAUUGCCACAGAGUUGGUGCAAGAAGGCAAGGACUUAAUAGCGCGUGAGAAGCGACGACGCCAGCGUGCUGAGGAGGCUAUGAGUAGACGUCGUGACUUCACACGCGGCGAAACGCUUCCAAGCCAAGAUUAUUUGGGUAAAUACCGUAGCACAGGCGGUGCUGGCGGCAACACAGCUGGUUUCAAUGGCAAUCGCACACCGGCUGAUGGAUUGCUUCGGGACGGCGAUGUGGGCUAUGAUUAUGCAGCAGUUUCCUCAUCAUCAGCACUGGGUGUACCACGUUCUUUGUCGGAGGAGAUAAACGAUCGGUUUGGCGUCAGUGCUCAAAUGCAAGUUGGCUUCCGGGUGCCCAACGAGCAAGAGGAGGCAGAAAACGAGAGACGUAUAGUGGGAGCACCGCCAAGAGGACUCUUCGAUGAUGUCUAGAGCUCGAAAGAAGUAUUCUAAUUACAAUUAGUAUACAUAUGUAUCUCUAUAAUAUCUCAACUGUUGUUUUGGUUUAACAUAAUUUUAAUUUAUUCUUUUAAGUCUCGUCGCUGCUGUUCCUGUCACAAAUAAAUAUAUGUACAUGUAUAUGCCUUAGACACAUUGAUGAAAACAAAUAUGUCAGCAAUAAUGCGCAAUAACUCAUGCGAAUU